UUUGCAAUCAAAUUCUCUUUAAAUAAUAGCAAUAAUAAACCAAAUUUGACGAUUUUUUUGAAAUUUUAAUGAUGCUUGUGAUAUAAAUUUACGCAGUUUGUUAUAGAAAACUUGUUUCCAGAUCUUCUGAUAUAAAGCAAGAUGAAGAUUUUGGCUGUGCUGUUAAAAACAUUUUUUAUUAUUGCGUUGUGUCGAGGAAGUGAUUUUAAAUAUGGAGGCUGCCCAAAAGUUGUUGUUAUGAACAAUUUGGAUUUCGAUAGAUUUUCAGGUAUUUGGUAUGUUAUCCAAAGAUACAGUCCAAAAGCUACGUGUACGAAGAUAAUUUUUGAGAAAGCACCUGAUGGAACAUACACUAUGAAUGAAACGGGUCGUUUAUUAGGUUUGAAUUCAAACACUUUUGAUACUAAAACCAGGAAAAUAGAGUUUCUCAGAAAUGACUCUAGAUCUGUUUUUAGAGCUGAAAAAAAUAUAACUCACUUCACUUUAAGCACAUUCGGUGUUAUUGAUACCAACUACGUCAUGUACGCCAUUGUCUGGGGAUGUGAUCCAUUUCUCUUCGCCAGCGUCCAAAACAUUGACAUAAUGUCUCGAAUUCCAAUUCCUUCAAAGGAUUUAGUGAAAAAUGCUGAACGAUUACUCAAGGAUUUAUCAAUAGAUUAUUCUUCAAUGAAGAACGUGGAUCAGUCAAAUUGUACUGAGCUUCCCUCAACGACAACCUCAAGCAGCAAAGAUACCAACAAUAUAGUUAUCGCUUCAAAUCCUCCGGAAAGAACAGAGAAGCAAUAAGUCACUCAAUUAUUUAUGCAACUUUGACCUUACGACGUGAUGUAUAUUUACGGACAAAAGUUUGUUAAUGCUGUAAGUGAAGCUUCCGUCAAAUUCUGUGUUCUUCCUAUUACACCGUGUAUAAAUACCUAUCGUG